GCGAAAGCUAGUAACUGCAGUGAAGGAGAUGUAUGAACAGACACUACAGAGGCGGCGUAAUUCAACAGCUGAAGUUAACAUCAGUUUGUUUGGACGGGAGAUUCCGUUCCGUGAGCUGAAAGAUGAAUAAGAAAGGUCUCGCGAUUCUCAUGCGAACAAAAGUGCGUCCUCUAUCACCUGCUCCUCUAAACAAAGUCCACAAAAUGCAGCUCUCUCCGCAGGAAGGAAGCAGCAGCCAAAAUUCUGCUCCGAUUGCGUCCUUUGAUUCCGAGAGGGACUUUGCUCAAGUAAGGGAUUCUAUGCAGUCUGCAAUGUUGAUGAGCAAGACAGAAAGUUUAGAUGCUGCUUUAGAUGAUUUUUCUGAGGGUUAUGUUUGCCUUUCCCAUGUAAACCGUCAGAAAUUGCUUCAUGCACUAGCACGAGAUUAUGAUCUUAACCGAGCUCAAGUUCGUGAAUUGAUGAAACAAUAUCUUGAUCUUCAGUUUCCCAGUGAUAAGGCUGAAGAUAGUGGGCUCGAAGAGGAAGGGUCACUAUCUGCUUUCUACAGAAUAGAGCGGAAUUUGAGGCAUGCUCUCAAGCCAAUGUAUGAAGUGCUCUUUGAGUGCCUAAAUACACAUCCUGGGGGAUUGAAGUUCCUGUCUGAUAUGCGUGCUGAUAUUCUUUUGAUUCUCAACAAUGAAAAUGUUUCAUCCUUGAGAGCCCUAGACUCCUACUUGAAAGAGAAACUUGUUACAUGGCUCAGCCCCGCAAAUCUUGAACUCCAUAAUAUUACAUGGGACGAUCCUGCUUCUUUGUUGGAGAAGAUAGUUGCAUAUGAGGCUGUGCAUCCUAUAAGCAAUCUUAUAGAUCUGAAAAGGAGGCUGGGAGUAGGUCGUCGUUGCUUUGGAUAUUUUCAUCCAGCAAUACCUGGCGAACCUCUUAUUUUUAUUGAAGUUGCACUUCUGAAAGAUGUGGCUCAGACAAUACAGGAGGUCUUAUGGGAUGAUCCUCCGAUACUUGAACGUGAUGCCAGCUGUGCACUAUUUUACUCUAUUUCAUCAACUCAGCCUGGUUUAUCAGGAAUCAACCUUGGGAAGUUUCUAAUCAAACGUGUGAUUGAUGUGGUAAAGAAGGAUAUGCCAAACAUCUCUACAUUUGCAACACUUAGUCCUAUCCCUGGUUACAUGCAAUGGCUUCUGUCUAAGUUGGCUUCUUCCGAGAGAUCUGGUUCUGCUUUUAGAGAGAACUUACUUGAGCCAGAUGAAGAAACAGCAAUUUUAAAUGCAUCAGGAGAAUCCGGUACAGGAAGAAGUGGUAUGGAAGUAAUGCAGAAUCUGUUGGCAUCAAAGGACCAUGAGUGGACUAAUUCAGAGAUGUUGGUAUCUGUGCUUAGAAUCCCUCUAAUGCGACUUUGUGCCAGGUACCUUCUAAACGAGAAGAAGAGAGGGAAAGCUCUAGACUCUGUUGCCAAUUUCCACUUACAGAAUGGCGCAAUGGUUGGAAGACUGAAUUGGAUGUCUGACAAAUCAGAGAAGGGCCUUCAUCAGAGUGGUGGAAUAAUGGUAAAUUACAUAUACAGUCUGGAGAAUAUUGAAGAAAAUGGCCAGUCAUAUAUGAGUGGAGGCCAUAUCCAAGCAUCCUCCGAUGUCAAAAACUAUGUUGGGGUGCAGUGUGAUCAUGAAAGAGGAAUGGGUUAGAACUAUAUGGCUAUAUUAGUAAUUUUGUCUGUAAAUUUGAAAACUCUUAAAAAUUUCUGUCCAUUUUCAAUCUCUCUUAUUUGAGAAAGAGUUGCAUUUUCUAACUGCAUAUAUCCUUUUUGGAAUUGUAUUCCUCUUAUUUGUUCUCGUAGUGCCAAAUGCAAUUACUUUUCCAGUUCACAACUAAAAGAAGUAUCAAAGAUUCAAAGUCCAUAGAACUCAAAAAUGAAUGUAAGAUCCUAUGGCCAUCUUAUUUA